AUGUCGAGAUCCAUAUUUUCAAGUGUUCGCUUAAGGGAGCUUUUGCGUUGUACAGAUGCACGCAGGAAAAUAAUACCUUUUUUCGGCGUUGAGAACUUUGAAUGUAGGAGGAAUCAAGCAUAUCAUUUGCAUUCUAUCAUGGAACCAAGCUCUCCACCAUUCGCUUGUGACUUCUCUCCAACACUUCCCGACCGCAUUUUGAUUGCUCAAGAAGAUGGAUUGGUACAUUUGUAUGAUACAUCUGUCACAGGACCACAAGCAUUUAUUAGAUAUUAUGAAGCGCACAAUAACGCAGUCUUCGAUGUCAAAUGGCUCUGUUCGGGGUCGAGUUUUCUGACAGCUUCUGGUGAUCAGUCUGUCAGGUUAAUAGAUGCUGAAACAGGAGCCAAAAUACAACAAUUCUUUGGACACAUUAUGUCUGUGCGCAGUAUUUCACUUAUGCCCAGUGAUUGUCACAUUUUUGCAUCUGCAUCACGUGACGGUAGUAUACGAAUGUGGGAUACUCGAGUAAAACCGGAUACUUGUAAUUUUCGAGGCUCUCCAGGUACCUCAAGCGUUGGAGUUUUACCACAAUGUCAUGUACCUCCUUGGAAUAAUUUGAGUACAGAUACUAAACGUGGACGCACUCCAAGGCGUGUACCGACUGAUGCUCAAAGUGUGACAUCCGUUCUGUUUGUAGACGAUAAUACCUUUCUAUCUGCAGGAUCUACAGAUGGCUCAAUAAAAAUGUGGGAUUUAAGACGAGUAUUUUGUGUGGGGAGUAAAAAACAAGCAAAACCGAAAGCUAUUUUCCCAUAUCGUGGUCCUUCACAAAAACAAAGCGGUUACUCUGACCUGGUCAUCAAUUCGUACAGGACACGUUUAUAUGCUAAUUGUUUGGAUAAUAUUAUUUAUGAAUAUGAUCUAAAGCAAGAAAACCCUAAUCCAGUUUUCUUUUAUACUGGACAUGUGACGGAUUCAUUCUACGUGAAAUUAGACAUUAGCCCAGAUGAUUCUUAUGUAAUCUGUGGUAGUUCAGAUCGACAAGCACAUAUUUACACUGUCGGUAAACGUCAACAACAACCGAUAGUUCUAUCAGGUCAUACAGGUGAAGUCAGCGUUGCACGAUGGUGUAGAGGUGAUCCCACAAGGAUUGUUACCUUAUCAGAUGAAUCACAAGCUUUUGUAUGGAAUAUGUUUCCUGCUAGACAGUAUUGCCUACCGGAACCUGGUGAAUUAGCUGGUCUUGCUGAACGUCUUUCACCAAAUAAAUCAUUGGCCAACUUCAAUAAUCUAGAAAAGUGCAUUCUUGGUCAAACAACUUCACACACAGACAAUGUAAAUAACAAAUUCGGCAGCUUAUCUUUGCCCAAUUUAACUCCUCGUUCUUCUAUAACAUCAGCUCGUCGAAGACAAUCAAAUAUUCGUCAUUUUCUUGAAACCAUAUCUCCUCCUUCUUCAGUGGUUAAUUCAUCAUCAUCUCCUGCUUCUUCAUCAGUUGUUAACAAACCUUCAGUUGUUUUAUCUUCACUCUCAAAUAAUGCCAAUACUACUUCUCUUUCAUCAAAUGCAAAUUCUAAUGUUCAAGCGAAACGGUUACCCAGUUUAGCAACACUUACUGAAACUCUAGGCGGUGUUGUACAAAGAUUCCCCGGAUUAUCAAAUACACAUUCAUCAACUGCACCGCCUAGUACACCACCAUUAGGCUGUUACUCUUUUUCGACUUCUGUUAAUCGUAGUCCAUUUGUCAAUACCCCCACGACAAGAGUCGACUCCGUUAUGACUCCAGAACAGCUACUUAUUCAUCCAUACGAUUUAGAAGAUUCAGAAAACAUUAAUCCAAAUGAUUUACUCCAGCAAUGUUCAGUUUCAUCGUCUCAAAGUUGCCUUCCUUUGGAUUGUGUUGACGGACGAAUCACAGAUCAGUCGCCGAUUAUUCGAUGUUCUGUAGGCAAUAAACAGCCAGUAGAACCACAAUCUCCAGCUACACCUAAACGAAGACUACCAUUAUGUGUGAACAAUCAGCCUCUGUUUAAUACACCACCACAAUCGCAAAGAGAUGAAUUAUGUCUUUCGGAAUCAAGAAAACGCCAACGACCAGAUCUUAUUGAUACACCUUCUGAUGCUCUGAAAAUCAGUGUGUCGAAUAGUGUAAGUCGGGUGAAAGAGAAACGACGACGGUUAACUGCAUUCCCGUCAUCAAGUUCACAGUCAAAUGCUUCGCUGACAAGUUCUCCAAUUCUUCCAGCACAUAACAAUCGACGUCGAAGAAUGACAACAUUGUGUCCUGCCUUGAACAAUCCCAUUACAAAAUAUUUCAAGAAAGACGAUUGA